AUGACAGAUAAAGAAGCUUUAUACCACUUCAACAAGAAGUCAGUCAACUCUGAGAUGGUUCAGUACUUGGUUGAUACAACAUACUCAGUCAUCAAAGUCAAACCAACAUUAUCCUCAAGCUAUCCAUCUCCACCAAAUUCACCAGAUGCCUAUUCACAACCAGUUCAACUAUUUGAGUUCAUUCGUCGUUUGAUAAAACAUUCCAAUGUUCAAACCCCAACCUUAAUGUCAACAUUGGUUUAUUUGGCUAGACUACGAGCCAUUUUGCCUUCAAAUGUUUAUGGUAUUGAAACAACAAGACAUAGAAUCUUUUUAGGUUGUUUAAUCUUGGCUGCUAAAUCAUUAAAUGACUCUUCUCCAAUAAAUAAACACUGGGCUGCUUAUACUGAUGGUCUAUUAUCAAUUCAAGAAGUCAACACAAUUGAACGUGAACUAUUAGAAUAUUUGAAUUGGGACUUAUCAAUAACUUCACAAGAUUUAUACAAUUCUUUAUCAUUUUUCCUCAUACCAAUCAAGGCAAAACUCAAGAAAGUUGCAGAAAAUGAUUUAUUAACAAGACAAAAACACUUCAUUUCAACAACACCAUCUUCAACAAGAUUAGCUUCAUUAGUUGCUCCAAAAUGUGUUAGUAAUUCAUCAUCUGCAAGCUCUGUUCCAUCUUUAAUGUCUUCCUCUUCUUCAAGAUCCACU